UUACGCUUGUAAUACAUCUAGAAAAAAGAAAAAAGAACUAAAAGGCCCAAUACCAACCCUAGCCCCCAAAUUAACAAUCAAUCACAGGCCCAAUAAAAUCCAAAAUUAAAAGUCCAACUCCGUCCAUUACAAUUCAUCACCCGAAAAUGGCGUCUUCUUCGUGUUCGUUGGUCUCUAUUCACCCACCCUCAACUCCCGCCAAAAUUCCAACCUCCACCAUUCUUAUCCUGCGAAACGCCGGCCUUAUCCUAAACCCGCCUCCUCCUCCUCCCUCUUUUUCAACCCUCUCUUCAAAACCCAUCUCCGUAAAACCGUUCCUUAGCGCUCUCAGAGCCUCGCAUUCCCAGAAAUACGUUUACCAUGACCCUAUCCCUAAGUUUGCUGAAGCCGAGACCCAGAAGUUUAAAGCUGAGCUUUUCAACAAGUUAUCCAAAGACAAAGACAAAUUUGGUGAUGACCUUGAUUCUGUCAUUGACGUUUGCGUUAAGAUAUUUAAUGAUUUCUUGCACAAUGAGUAUGGAGGACCUGGAACACUGUUGGUGGAGCCUUUCACAGAUAUGUUUGUAGCUUUGAAGGAGAAGAAAUUACCUGGAGCACCUGUUGCUGCUCGGGCAUCCUUGUUAUGGGCCCAAAACCACCUUGAUCAUGAUUGGGAGGUUUGGAACUCAAACUCUCCCAAAUGAUUUCCUCCACAUGUUUCAUAACAUAUUUUUCCAUUAUCAUCACAUUCAUAACAUUAUUUUCCAUUAUCAUCAGUUGUACCUAUGUUACUUGGAGUCAAAUAUUCACUCAAACUCAGAUAUGAGUGUUAGAUAUAGAUGUGUAUCAGACACGGAUAUGAUUGAACUUUUCUAAAGUUUUUCAUACAAUUGGAGGAUCUUGAAAGUCA